AUGAUGUCUUCUGAGGAACUUUCAAAUAAUGUGCUAAUUGAAAAUUCUCUGAUGCAGGAUUCCAUGGCAAACUACCCUAGAAGAAUAGUAACUGGUUUUUUCAAGAAUAGAGAAGUGAUAAUUACAGAUCCUGAGAUACUGACUAAUGUGGCUAACCUGAAUUAUUCAGCUGUUGAGAAAGAUACUUUUUUGACCAAAAUACAAAAACAGCAGAAGAAGAGACGAAUUAUUGAAAUGGCGACAACUUUUUAUAAUGUGAAUAACCAAUUAGCAGAUGAUGAAGCCAAGAAAUUAUCUUUGACCUCUGUGGCCAAAUUUUUUGGAAUUGCAAGACAGUCCUUCAAUGAUCAUAUUAAGGGAGUGCACUUGAAUUCGGCUAUUCAUGGCCAUGCUACAAGACCUUAUCUGGAAGACGCAGACAUUGAUUUAAUCAGGAAUAUAAUUGUUACAAUAAAGAAUAUCAAUUAUGACAAUCCAAGCAUGUACUAUGGACAGAAUCCCAAUGGUGAUAGUAGUGAAAUUACGAUAUCUGAUAAAUACCUUAAGGAUAUCAUAGAAUUAGUAAUGGCUAAAAAGGAUUUUGACGCAAACGAGAUAGAUCAACUGAAGAAAGAAGCCAAAACUAUGAAUGCAAUGCAACAUAAUAAUACAGGAGGUGGUUUUAUGAAUUCUCUUGACCCUGAUAUCUCCAUUAAACAACAUGACUUUGCUUUCUUUCCGAAUUUCAUAAAUAAUCCCAUAAAUGCUAUUAUAACACAUAAGAUUGCAUUACAAGACAUUGACUCUAUCCUAAAGCAUUUAAAUGACUUUCGCUUAAAGAUAGACCCGACUAAGGAAUUGAAAUCCAUCAGCAAGAGGACUGUAAAUCGGUCAAGAAAGAGAAUUGGUAUUAGUGCAUCGCAAAAAAAAUCGAAAGAAAGUGUACUAGAAAAUGAUCAAGGGAUAGAUAUCAAUAUAACGCCUGACCAUAGUCCCCAAGGUAUUCUAGAUUCCUCAGGGUCUACGAUCCAAAAUUUAAUGAGUUUGGCAAACAGCAUCAUGAACCAACCUGUUAUUACUAACGUGCCUGUACUAAAUAGAGCUCCAAUGAACAAGGAAGAAGAAAAAAUAUCAGCAUUAUUCACAAGAAUGGAAAAUAUAAUACAAGACAAAGAUAUAGAUAGAAAUUGUGUGGGAAAAUUGAAGGAGUAUAGAAAAUUAGCUCAAGAAGCAGUCAAAAAUGCACCAAUUACAAACGGUAGCAAAAAAAACUCUCCAGCUAUUUCAAUGUACAAUAAAUAUAUGUUGAAACAAUUUAAUGCUCUCACUCAUGUUAUUAUGAAGCUAUCCUUCGAAAAUAAAGUGUUAACCAGAGAGAGACAUGAUGAUACAACCAAUUUAUUAGUUAAUAAUACUGCAACUAGCCGGUCAAUGGAGGCUUACUUUAUACCUAAUAAAAGGCCAAGACACAAUGAGAUCACUUCACUAGAUCAAUAA